CGAAAAAAUUUAAUCAACUCAAAAUGUUCUAUCAAACAAAUAAUGAUUAUGAGUUAGAAUUGAAGGAAAUAUUCGAAACAAAAGAAUCUUCUUUUGAAAAUGUCAAAAUUAGCAAUAUACAAGACGAUAAAAAAAUACAACAAUUUGAUAAUCAAAUUCUUACUCCAUUACAGAUCGAAAAAUUUCAAAGAAUAUUUAUACAACAUACUAUUAAUGAAAGUAAUGAAGAGCAAGAAAUUAAUGAAGAAUUAAUAACUCUUCUAGAUUAG